AUGUCUUCCAACCACACCAUUUCCGUGACGCUGUCACAGCUCGCCAAGAUGAUCGACCACUCGCUGCUCCACCCUACCAUGACCGACGCCGACGUCCUAGCGGGACUCAAAAUCGCCAGAGAAAACAACGUAGCCACAGCCUGCGUGAAACCAUAUCACAUCCCCUUGGCCAUCAAGGAGCUAGCAGGCACCGAUGUCCAGGUGUGCCCCGUGAUCGGAUUCCCCCACGGCAACAGCACCACCGAGAUCAAAGUCCAAGAAGCUACUGCUGCCGCCGAGGCUGGCGGUCGCGAAAUCGAUAUGGUCGUCAACAUUGGCAAAGUCCUCGGCGGAGACUGGGAGUACGUCACGCGAGAGAUUGACGAGAUCAACCGUGCGGUUGUACGUCACGGCGCCAUUCUCAAGGUCAUCUUCGAGAACGACUAUCUGCAGCCUAAGCACAUCAUCCGUCUCUGCGAGAUCUGUACCGAGCUUGGCGUGGCCUUCGUCAAGACCUCGACCGGGUAUGGAUUUGUCAAGCAAGCCGAUGGAUCGUACAAUUACCUCGGUGCGACGGUGUCAGAUCUCAAGCUCAUGCGCCAGCACUCAGGGUCCAAGGUACAGAUUAAGGCGGCUGGUGGUGUUCGCACACUCGAUGAUUUGCUGCAUGCCAUGAGUCUGGGCGUAACUCGCAUUGGGGCUACGGCGACGGUGGCCAUAUUGGAAGAAGCCAAGAAGCGUGGGAUUAGCAAUAAGCCGACGACAGUUAGCUUCAAGCCUAUGCAAGAGAAGGCGGGCGGAUAUUGA